AUGGCAGAGGAAGCUGGAGAAGACACUCCCUUCACCUUUCACGUCAAGUCGUCCGCAGAGCCCAAGUAUAGCCUCACGCUGAAGCCAUCGUCCACCAUCGCAGAGAUCAAGCAGAUCCUCACUGGCGCAGAGUAUGCGAAUGUCCCCGCGGAACGCCAGCGACUGAUCUAUUCAGGGCGCGUACUGAAGGACAGCGACACGCUCGCCUCGCAUAAGGUCAAGGAGGGCCACACCAUCCAUCUGGUGAAGAGCUCUGCCGCCAGCAGCAGCAGCGGCAACAGCAGCCAGUCCCAGCAGCAGUCCUCCGGUCAGGCUGCCGGCAGGUCAAAUACACCGUCAAGGGCAGCUCCGUCUGCUGCUGCCGGUGUGCCAACCAACCUGGCUGCUGGGACGGGGAACUCGAUGCUGGCUGGGUUGACGGGAGCUAGAUAUGCGGGUUUCUCUCAGCUUCCUGGUGCUGGAAUGUUUGGUCCAGACGGAGGAAUGGGGCCGUUGCCUGACCCCGAUCAGAUCUUGAGCAUGAUGGAGAACCCUCAAUUUCAGUCCACCAUGAACGAGGCACUCCAGAACCCCCAGAUCAUCGACAUGAUGAUACAGCAGAACCCUAUGCUCCGGGAUGUGCCCAACGCCCGUCAGAUGCUGCAGUCUCCAGAGUUCCGAAGGAUGCUCACAGAUCCUAACAUGCUGCGGUACAUGACACAGAUGCAAAGAGCCAUGGGUCAGGGCGGUGGACAGUCCGCCUUUCCUGCACCGGGAGUCACCAAUACCACCCAGCAGCGCGAAGGUGACAGCGGUAACCAGGACACAGCUGGCAAUCAGAAUACCAACACUCAGCCUCCCCCUUUCAACCCCUUUCUCGGCAUGCCCGGUGCUGGCGGGAACCCGUUCGCCUCGUUCCUAGCCGGUAUGCAACAGCCGCCUCCAGCUAGUACGCCUGGAAACGGAACCGCCACAGGCUCCAACCAGCAGCAACAACAGCACCAGCCAAACCCGUUUGCCUCCUUGUUCAAUCCAGCACUAUUCGGCCCGCCACCAAACCCAGACGGCCAGGGAGGACAGCACCCGCAGAACCCGUUCAUGGCAAACCCAGCUCUGUUCUCUCAACUUAUGCAGGCGAUGGGAGGUCCCGGAGCAGAGUCCAACAGUCCACUGCACCCUCUCUUCGGCGGCCAACCAGCUCAGCCGGCAGACACUCGUCCGCCGGAGGAACGGUACGCAGAACAGCUUCGGCAGCUGAACGAUAUGGGCUUCUUCGAGUUUGACAGAAACAUCGAGGCUCUGAGGCGGUCUGGAGGCAGCGUACAGGGAGCCAUCGAGUAUCUUCUCAACAGUCCAUGA